AUGACUCUCAGAACUGCGGAUCUUGUGUGUGGUUAUAAAGAGUCUUGUGUAGAUGGAAAAUGUUGUCCUAAAAAUGGACCAGUUGAAAACGGUGGAAAAAAUAAAACGAGUGGACCAGUUGAAAAAGGUGGAAGAAAUAAAACAAAUGAAACAAGUGGACCAGUUGAAAAAGGUGGAAAAAAUGAAAAAAGUGGACAAAGUGAAAAAGCAAAAAUAGUGGAUAUGGAUCAAGUGAAAAGGGUAGACCAAGUGAGAAAAAAGUGA